CAUCUGUAGAACAAGUCCCAUCAAGACCCUCGACACCUGAGAAAUUUUUAGUGCCUCAUGUCUGUGCAAGGUUUGGUCCUGGGGGCCAUCUGACAAAAGUGCUGCCAAACCUGCCUUCAGAAGGACAGCCGGCUUUGGUUGAGAUACACAGUAUGGAGACUAUGUUGCAACAUAUGCCAGAACAAGAAGAGAUGAGAGCCUUUCCGGGCCCUCUUGCUAAAGAUGAUACCCAUAAAGUGGAUGUCAUUAAUUUUGCACAAAACAAAGCCACACAGUGCUUUCAGAAUGAAAAUCUAAUUGACAAAGAGUCUGCAAGCCUGCUUUGGGAUUUUAUUGUAUUGUUGUGCAGACAGAAUGGGACUGUAGUGGGCACAGACAUUGCAGAGCUUUUGUUACGAGAUCACAAAACAGUUUGGCUUCCUGGAAAAUCGCCUAAUGAAGCAAACUUGAUUGACUUCACUAAUGAGGCUUUGGAGCAAGUGGAAGAGGAGUCUGGUGAAGCGCAACUCUCAUUUCUCACCGAUAGUCUUAUAACCACAAUUGACAGUCUUGAAAGAGAGACGGAGAGAUUCAGGGAGCUUCUGCUUUAUGGUCGUAAGAAGGAUGCUUUGGAGUCUGCCAUGAAGCAUGGAUUAUGGGGUCAUGCUCUGCUGCUUGCUAGUAAAAUGGACAACAGAACACAUGCAAGAGUCAUGACCAGAUUUGCCAACAGUCUUCCAAUUAAUGAUCCUCUGCAAACUGUUUACCAGCUCAUGUCUGGAAGAAUGCCAGCAGCAUCCACAUGCUGUGGCGAUGAGAAAUGGGGAGACUGGAGGCCUCAUCUUGCUAUGGUACUAUCCAACUUGACCAAUAACAUGGAUGUGGAAUCGAGGACUAUUACCACCAUGGGAGAUACUCUUGCUUCUAAAGGCCUUUUAGAUGCUGCUCAUUUUUGCUACCUGAUGGCCCAGAUCGGGUUUGGCGUUUAUACAAAGAAAACAACAAAGCUUGUCCUAAUUGGAUCAAAUCACAGUUUACCAUUUUUAAAGUUUGCCACCAAUGAAGCCAUUCAAAGAACAGAAGCCUAUGAAUAUGCACAGUCACUGGGAACCCAGCCCUGCUGUUUACCCAAUUUCCAGGUUUUCAAAUUCAUCUAUGCUUGCCGACUAGCUGAGAUGGGACUCGCCGCACAAGCGUUUCAUUACUGUGAAGUGAUUUCCAAAACUAUUCUUAAAAAUCCCUACUAUUAUUCGCCUGUGUUUAUCAGCCAACUUAUUCAGAUAUCAUCUCAGUUGCGACUGUUCGACCCACAGAUUAAAGAGAAACCAGAGCAGGAAUUAUUUAUUGAACCUUCAUGGUUAGUACGACUUCGGCACUUGGAUGGACAGAUCAAGGAUGGUACGAUAGCUUACAAUGCAGAUAGAUCCACCCCUCAGCAGUAUGCCUGUAGCACACCAAGCUCUGAAUUAGACCAUAUCAGUCAAUGUGAUGGAACAGGUUCUGGACAGGAAAUGGGGCCUGCUACUGAAAACCAGUUGUUAACAUCCUUGUUACCUAAUACUGUGCACCCCAUGCAAGGUGUGCAGCUAAUGCCUUCAGCCCCUCAGACUAUCCUUGAGGGAUCAGCAGCUAUGACUCCUCCUACGCAGCAAGAAACUGUUGGUGGUGUUCCUUUCUAUCCUGUGGCCCCUCCCUCUAUUGGGCCAGGCUCUGGCUUUGCACCACCAGGCUUUCCAAAUCAGUAUGGAGCUGAACAGUCUUCACUGUACCUGGGAUCUACAGUGCCACCGGGAGGACCACCUCCUCAAGCAGCAGAACCACGGCCAGAAGAGCACUUAAACCAGGAAACAGCAAUGCAGAGAAUUCCCCAGGAAUCUCCAAUUCAAAAGACUUUCCCUGAACAAAAAGAGGAGGAUUUCUAUGGCAAAAUGGCAAAUAUGGCUCCAGGACGAAGAUCCAGAUCCACCUCUCAGUCUUCAGCACACAUGGGCUAUGGGCGAAGAUCUCGGACCACCUCAGAAUCCUCCACCCAUUCUAUAGGACGAGAAAGAUGUAACUCUGCAGCAAAGCAUCCCUCUCCUCCUCCUCCAUCCAUUCCUGAAGGGAGAGAGACCAACAAAGAGAUCAAGAAGGAGCCAGCAGCGAGAAAGAGUGGUGCAAAUUGGUUUCGCUGGCUGAUGGGAAAAGGAAAGAAUGAAGCUCACCUUCCAGAUGAUAAGAACAAAUCAAUUGUUUGGGAUGAACAGAAACAGCGCUGGGUUAAUUUAGACGAGCCAGAAGAGGAGAGGAAACCACCGCCACCACCUCCAGCCGGGUUUCCUAAAGCUCCUCAGAUUGCUCCACCUGGGCCCGGGGGUCCACCUGGUGUCAACAUGUUUUCUAGAAAAGCAGCAGGAACCAGAGCUCGUUACGUUGACAUUCUAAACCCAAGUGGUGCGAAAUCCAGUGAUGCUGUUCCUGCCCCAUCAGACCUGUUUGCCCCCUUGGCACCAAUGCCUAUCCCUGCAAACUUGUUUCUUCCAAACUCAGUUCCUGAGGAGCAGCAACCUAUGGAGGGGAGCAGGGCACAAGAACAGACAUUAUCUGCAGAUCAAGUCAGCGCUGAUGCUACUACAGAACCACAGUAUUUAAACUCUACAAUGCUUCCACCUGGAUCUGAACUCCCUGGGUCCAAUCCAGAUGGCUCCCAGUCAGGAGAGCUUUCGCGCUCUAGUUCAAUGAGUUCAUUAUCACGUGAAGUAAGCCAGCAUUUUAAUCAGCCUCUCUGUAGUGUGCCACCUUCUGAGGGACCUCCAUCAGGAACUGUUCAGUUCUACAACCCUUCUCAAUUUGCACAAUCUCCUGCAACUACUGGAAGUUCAAGGCUGGGGAGAAUUGGACAGAGAAAAUACCCAACAUUGAAAUAGAAUAUAAUGACUUGACGUUUGGAACACUUAUGCUAGUUCUGGACAUUCAAAGAACUACUCAAAUGUUAUGGCACAUAGUAGUAUCAUUGCUAUCUUGAAAUUGACAUGACAGUAAUUUAAUGCUGGCUGAUUGUUUGUCAUGGGUCUCCCUACUUGUAGCUCAUGUACAUGAAUCAUUACCAAACUGGAAGAAAUAUACAUUUUCCCUUAAAAGCUGGUUAGAAAGAUCUAAUCUCCUGUUGGGGCUGGAGAAGGAUGAACAGGGGAGGAUGUGGUUGCUGUCUGUUGUGAAAACCAACUGUAGACUGCCACCAAAGGGAGGAGUUCCUUGGUUGAUUUUAAACCUACCAGUGUGACUUGAAGAAAUAAAUUAGGUUUCAGGGUCAUUUCUGAAGGACACUUCCCUCCCAGUGUAGGACAUACAUGUCUACCUUUUAACAGAAUACUCUAUGGCCUUAACAGGACCAUGCACAAUUGUAAUGCAUUUAAAACAAUACUGGCAUUUGCCAAUAUAUGAAGGUUUAAGAUGCUCAUCUGGGAAAUGCCUCACAUGCUUAUUUUUUUUAGGGGAGGGGGGCCACAGCUCAUCCAAAUAAAUAAAUUGACCUAUAGUGAAUUAAAACUGUGACUGUAAUAAAAUCUAAAAUUAGUCUGAUUUGGAUUUUAUCUAGUAUGUAUGUAGUUGUGUUUUAGACUCCUUGUAAAACAAAUUGUAUAGUCUGAAAGAAGCUCUUUGUACAAUAGUCAAUGCUGUACUAUUUCUGAUGAGUGAGUGUUCUUAAGUGCAAUAUGGUUACUUGCUUUCUCUCUCAAACUACUGGCACUAUAUAAUUAAGGUGGUAACAGCUUGGAAGUUGUUUAAAAAUAAUUUUCCUUUUGAGUGCCAGAAUCUGUUCCUAAUACUCUGCUCUUGAACUUCCAUUAAUAAAAUAACUAAGGUCUUAAAUAGUUAACUGAAUUUCAUACUAAAUUAAAUGGAUUAGACCUCUACUGAUCAACUUGAAAAGCUUUAGGUUUAAUAUAGAAAAUUCUGAAAACCAUUGAGGUGUAAUAUUCACAUGCAUUGAAAAAUCUAAAUGACCCACAAGGAAAGAAAAUAAACUACAAAUAUUUAUUAAAUCAUUAGAUCAUAUUUUCUUUAGGAUUUGACAAGGAAGCUGAUUGAUGUUACUUGCAUUUCUGCCCAUGAGUUGAAAUAAUGUAUAUGUGGAAUUGUUAAUGUUGGCCCUUGAUUUUUUUUCCUUCUCCUUUUCCUGGGUAAUACCACCUUUUGAGAUCUGGACAGCCUUAUGUAUAUUUCCAAAGAGAUUAUACAUGAUUUCAACUAAAAUGUGGUUAUGUGGAGGAAUUAGUAACCUUCUGGGAAUGGUCCAUACUCUAAAUCCUGGACUUGGUCAGUAGCAGUCAGUGUGGCUUUCUUUUGUAACUUAAAAACCUGUUCAGAUACUUGGCUUCAGAGACUGCCAAAUAUCUUUUAGUUCAAGAAGGCUUCCUGUGAGCUGGGACCUGCUAUCUUUCCGAAGUGUUAGAUUUGACGCUGUAAAUUCUUAAAUAAAAUAUUUUGCGCUCUGGAGCACUUUCACACUUUA